UAAAGAGAUAAGGCACACGCAUAAAAAAAACAGCAUUUGAUACUGAAGUAAUUUGACAUCUGUUUUUCGCCCUAGAGAAUCAAGACAGUUCUCACAGGACCUUGCGUAAAGAAAAUGGACAAUAUUUAUGAAAAGUACCAGAAAGAAGGAUGUCUGAAGAUCGAAAACUUCCUCACCCCAGAAGAAGUGGAAGAACUGAAAAAGGGACUGUUGGACGUUGUGGAAAACAUAGCAGACGAUAACAGUUAUGUCUUCUCCGUGUACAGAACUGGAGCCCAAACGGAAGCCGACGAUUAUUUUAUCAACUCGGCAGACAAAAUCAAGUACUUCUUUGAAAAUGACGCUUUUGACGCUUUAGGCAAUCUUACAAUGGAUAAAAAGCAAGCUCUCAAUAAAGUUGGUUAUGCAUUGCAUUGGUGGCAUCCCAUUUUUAAGAAACACACUUUCAGCCAAAAAAUAAAAGACUUGAUGCAAACACUUCAGUACAAGGACCCAGUAGUAGUUCAAAGUAUGUUGAUCUUUAAAAAACCGAAAAUAGGAGAAAUAGUUCGCCCUCAUCAAGACUCGACAUUCCUAUAUUCCGAACCUCCUACCUGCAUUGGCCUGUGGUUCCCCUUGGAAGAUGCCACUUUGGAAAAUGGGUGCCUGUGGUAUGUUCCCGGAUCUCAUGAAGGGGAUCCUGUUCACCAAAGGUUUGUUCGAAACGAAGGAGAAGGUCCAAGAUUGGUAAUGCAAGGGAAAUUGCCAGAAUACUCAGAUGAAGAAUAUGUUCCUGUUCCGGCCAAAAAAGGUGACUGUGUUGUGAUUCACGGAUCUGUGAUUCACAAAAGUGGACGUAAUACGACACAAGUUGCAAGAACUGUGUACACUUAUCACAUGGUGGAAAAGGAUGCCGAGUGGAGUCCCUUGAAUUGGACUCAACCAACUGAAAAACUGCCCUACCCAUCACUAUAUUCAAAUUAGAGGGAAAAGCCUCGUUCUUGGGCCCAAUAUUUUGGUUUGGUGGAAGCCAUAAUCAACCAUCACGAAAAAUCUGAAUGUGGUGAAUAUGUGAACAUUCCUGUGCUUCAGUUAUUCGAUUUGUAUUGCAGAAAAAAAAUACUGAUUAAAUUUUUAAUGCUUUAUGGGAUUUUUAAUUGUAUCUAAAAUCUGCUUUCACCUUUGUUAUGUAAGCGAGGAUGUUAAAUAGUUGAUGUUUUUUUGCAUUUGUAAUUUUAUAAAAAAAGACACAUGCAGGUACUUGACAAUUUUUUGUAUUACUUUUGUUCUUAUCAUAAACAAAAUAAAUACAACAAUGAGAGCAGCAAA